CAAUAGGCCUACAUAGAUAAAUAAUAAUAAAAUAAUAAUUGGCAGCCACAAAUGUAAGUAUCUGGAGUAACAACUCGAACUAGAACAAUUAUGUGAGCAAAGCUACUCUAUAUAAGCACUGCUAACUAGCUCUUUUGGAGUUCAGUUAGUAAAGUUAUCACAUUGGUAGCACGACUUAGAUAUGGCUUCGCAGUUCGCUUCACGUCCUUUCGCGACAUUUUUGCUGGCUUGCCUCUUGGGUGAUUUCACAUCAUCAUUUAUUCUGCCAAAUCUAUUAAGCAGUAUUCUCAGUGUAAAUUUUUCACUCAUGAGACCACCUUUCAUUUCAAUUGCUAGUAGUCGGCCAACGCCAUCUUCGCCCACAGUUUAUGUCAUUUUACCACCUAUUGACGGAGAGUCUGCGACUACGACUACGACUCAAGCUACUCCAACCAUUCCUCUAGAAACGACGACAAUCAGCGCUCCAGAAUUAUCACCUACGGUUGCUACUACGCCUGUGGUCGAGCCUCAACCUAUCAUGGCGAAUGCCCCAGAACCUCCGGGCGGUGUAAAUGGGGAGGCUGCCGAAAGCCCGCCUGCAAAUGCACCAUAAAAAACGAAUCCACUUCCUGAAGCAUAGUAGACAACAGACUUCGAUACUUAGCAGCUAACACGUGUUAUAUAUUUGGAUAUCGCAGACGUACUUAACAUUUACAAAUUAAUCUUUGGUACAUCAAAGCCACAUAAUUAAGUUAAUAAACAAUAAAUUUCCCAAAAGUAUUCAAUAUUUUUUAAUUAAUC